AUGUCCUCAGCUCCACCCGAGGAAGAUUUCACACUUGCGAGAGAGCGAAAACAUGCUUGUUCCAUGUGUCAUAAACGGUUCGAUCGUCCCAGUACCCUUAGAAAGCAUUUGUUAGUACAUACGGGAGAAAAAGCUUUCCAAUGUGAGACUUGUGGCCGACGAUUCGGCGUGGCAUCAAAUUUGAAUCGACACGUUCGUCGAUGCAUCUUGAAGCCUGUUAACGCGAUGCAGUCUCCACCGACCGCCACAACAGCGACGGAUUCGUCUCCAGAACCUGGCACUCCUUCAAUGGAGCGUUCUCGCACUGUGACUGUUACCCGGACAUCUACUUCCACCAGUCCUCGGCCUCGCGGGUCGCAGUCUCGUUCAUCUAGGGCACAAUCCCAAUUGCCUUCUCAUUCCACGUGUAAACGCCGUCGACGUGCUCCGUCUCCCUCUCAUUGGAUUCCUGACUCUCUCCGUGGAUUCAUCCUCGAAGAACUGCACAAAACCACACCGAUUCCUCUGCCACCUGUUGUACCUUCGGUAUACGAAGAACGAAACUCGUUGGAUGAAAACGUAGGUAUAGCACCGUAUCAUCCGAGAGAAUGGGUGUUCAAGCCACAACUUCCUGGGCCUGGUAUGAGUACCUAUAUCUUUGGGGGAAAAGACGUUAGGAACUUUGGAGGUAGCGGCCGUGAACAGAUGUUGGGCAGGGUAUUAGUAUUUUGA